AUGUCCCAGAAUCUCCAAUACCCUCCACGGUUUUACUGUGUAUACUUGCUUCGAUCAAUAGCAAAGACAAAUUCCUUUUAUAUCGGCUCAACCCCUGAUCCGUAUCGACGACUCCGACAGCAUAACGGCGAGCUGGCCGCUGGUGGAGCAGAUCGAACGAAGAAAAAUGGAUUCAGGCCAUGGCAAAUGACAUUGGUUGUUUAUGGGUUUCCGUCCAAAAUUUCAGCAUUACAGUUUGAGCACGCGUGGCAUCAUGCCUACCAAACGCGACAUAUUCCAGACAAGAAACGUAUAGGAACGAAAAGUAGUAGCCGCAGCGUGCAUAUUAAGAUAGCUAAUCUCAAGCUGCUACUGAGCGCGCAAGCAUUUGGACGCAUGGGACUUCGGGUUGCAAUUUUUCAAAAAGCCAUAUACGACAUUUGGGUCAUGAAUCGCUACAACGUUGCAGUCGCCGAGUCUGUUCAUCUGAAGCUUGAUUUUGAGGAAAGUCAACAAAAAUUGAUAGAAGGUGGAAAUUAUGAUCAAAUAAAGACAUUUGUGAAGUCCUUGGAGAAGGAAGAGGACGACUAUUUCGAGAAGUCUCUGGAGGAACUCGAGCAAAAUGACGCCCGCGAAUGUUGCGUGUGCCAUACUGUGGUAGAUCAGUUUCAGGACGUGCUAGGUUUCUGUGCUAGCAAGGACUGCCACACUCUGUACCAUGUCCAAUGCUGGGCAGAAGAAAUGACCAAAGGUCUUGUGUCUGAGCCGCUUUCGGACUCCGUACUUCCGCUCACCCCCGUGAAAGGCAAAUGUGUCAAAUGCCUAAAGGUCAACUGGUGGUGGCCAGUGGUCAAAAAUUCCAUGAGGCUACACCGACAUUUUACAGAAAUUGGAAGAUCAUGCAUUGAAAAUUAA